UUCAGACCGGUCAUGAGUAAUUCUCCCCAGAAACCACUGGAUUCUACCGUUUCGAAAGAGCUAAACGGAUGGGUAGAGCAGCUGAUGCAAUGUAAACGGUUAACAGAUGCUCAAGUGAAAACACUUUGCGAACGCGCCAAGGACAUCCUUACGAGAGAGGGAAACGUGCAGGAAGUCAAAUGUCCUGUUACAGUUUGUGGAGAUGUUCACGGACAGUUUCACGAUCUGAUGGAAUUGUGCCAAAUAGGUGGAAAAUCUCCGGACACGAACUAUCUAUUCAUGGGAGAUUACGUGGAUCGAGGGUACUACAGUGUAGAAACAGUCACAUUACUAGUAACUCUGAAAGUUAGAUAUCCAUCUAGAGUGACCAUCUUGAGAGGAAACCACGAAAGUAGACAGAUUACUCAGGUGUAUGGUUUCUACGACGAAUGUCUGCGAAAGUAUGGUAAUGCAAAUGUAUGGAAAUACUUCACAGAUCUGUUCGAUUAUCUUCCGCUAACCGCUCUGAUAGAUGGCCAGAUCUUCUGUCUGCAUGGAGGCCUCAGUCCCUCGAUAGACUCCCUGGACCACAUCAAGGCACUCGACAGACUCCAAGAGGUGCCCCACGAGGGUCCAAUGUGCGACUUGCUCUGGUCCGACCCCGAUGACAGAUGUGGCUGGGGAAUAUCGCCGAGAGGAGCUGGUUAUACGUUCGGACAAGACAUCAGCGAGACUUUCAACCACACGAAUGGACUCACAUUGAUUGCAAGGGCUCACCAGCUGGUAAUGGAGGGCUAUAAUUGGUGUCAUGAGCGGAACGUGGUGACGAUAUUCAGUGCGCCUAAUUACUGCUACAGAUGUGGGAACCAAGCGGCUAUAAUGGAGUUGGACGACAGUCUCAAGUACUCCUUCCUCCAGUUCGACCCCGCGCCCAGGAGAGGAGAGCCACACGUCACCAGGCGAACACCCGACUACUUCCUCUAGACUUCGCAUUCGAUAGCACACUCACCUCAAUCAACAUCUCCGUCUCCUCUGAUACCACCAGAAAUCCUCCUCGAACAACCCCGAAUGCUAAGGCCACCAACCACUGACAUAAGCGACAAGCAGCAGCACCAACGCCAAAUAGAUCUCUUUGAAGUAGUCAGUGGCAGAAAACUAAAGAGAUAAAGAUUACCAAUAAAGAAUGAACUUUGAAAUUGUUAAUGUCUGGCUCAAAAUCCAUCUUAAAAGCCAAACUGACCGGAUGAAUUUGAACUACUUGCAAAUUGGCGUUUGCCGUUUUGCUUGUUGACCCACGCCUUUGGACGAUCAGUUUUUGUUGUAAAACAAUAUAACGCGGAAUACUGAGCUGAUUGAAAUAAAAUAUAAAGUUUUAUUUUUGUAAUAAAGGUGUCAACUGUUAGAAUACUUUUUGCUUAGCAAAUAUUUUACCAAAACUUCAAAUAAAAUACAUGUCUAAUUUAACUUCCUAAUAGCAGUUGACACUUCCAUUCAAAGAAUUCGUGUUUCAGACAAAAAUUUCGCCACAAGGAUCUAUUCAAGCCACGAUUUAAUACGUUAAUGACUCUGAGCUUAUUCUCGAAGUCUCAAAAAACUCUCGGUGAAAAAAAACGCAACUGAAUUUGCGUCAUACCAGCAACAAUUUUAAGCUAAUGAAGUUCGAAAAUGUAAUUAUUUUCAUUAAAUUAAAAUAACCAAUUCAUACUUGAUAUCUUUGCUCUAAUUUGGUUAAAGUACCUUGUUAUUCACAAAAUACCUUGUUUUCACAAAAAAGAUCUGAUGUGCAUUUUCGUUGUUAAUAACUUUCACCAAAGGAUCUGUUGCAAAUUACUUAAAUUUUGAAUAAUGAUCUCUAUUACCCUCAUCGCAACAGACAUUUGAUUUUACCCAAAAUGCUCAAAACUUGAUACUCAAUUUCGAUGAUCUCAUUGGUAGCUAGAAGGUGGUUUUGUUUCUAUAAUCAAGUUUGAGCAUCAGUUAUUGUUCAAUUUUGAGACAUCUUUUUCUUUGUGUUUUUGUGGUACAUGAAUGAAUGAUGAAUAAAUUUGUUUCGAUUAAUUCCUGCAGCACAAGCGAACUUCUCGGCUCGGCAUUUCGAAGUGAAGCAAAUAGUCAGUUGCCGAUGCAGCAGCUCGUAUGUAAAGUAGAUAUACUUCGAUCAUCUGAAUUGAAUUUUCGGUAAUUUUUCUCAAA